AUGGGACACGGCAAAUCGGACCGGCCGUAUCUGAGUGCAGCCGAGCACUCGGGCGUGUACGGCUCGCACUCGGCGUCCUCGGGCAAAACCGCCUCGCUCGCUGCCGCCUUCGAGCCCGUGGCGUUCGACUGCUGUGCGCUCUCGUUCCAGCCCUGGACGCUGCCCGUAUGCUCGCCCGACUGCGGCGUGGCAUUCGAGCUGACGAACCUCAUCCCCUUCCUGCGCAAGUACGGCGUGCAUCCGAUCACCGGCCGCGCGUUCGAGCUCGACGACGUGGUGCGGCUCAAGUUUGCGCGCAACGAGCAGGGGCGCUUCCACGACCCGGUGUCGAUGCGCGAGUUCGGUCAGCACUCGCAUAUCGUCGCGAUCCGUCAGACGGGAAACGUGUUCCUGUACGAUACCGUGUCCAGGCUCAACAUCAAGCCCAAGUACAUGUGCGAUUUGGUCACGGACCAGCCGUUUACCAAGGCGGAUAUCAUUACGGUGCACGAUCCGAAUCGGCCGGAACUCAGAGAUGCUCGCCAGAUGCACCAUGUCAAAGAACGUCUUGCCCUCACGCAGCAAGAUAAGGGCAUUGAUGCGACGCAGCAGAUCAAUACGGCUGCUACGGGGAGUGCGAAAAAGCUGCUUGCGAAACUGGGCGGGGGCAGCGAGAAGGAGCCGAAAGCGGCGCAGAAGAGUACGGCGGUGAGUCGGAACAAGGCCGCAGGGGCGUCGACGGGGAUGGCGGCUGCGAGCUUUACCUCGUCGAGUCUGACGCCGCGCACGGCGAUCGAGCGCGUGGAGCUGGACGAUGAACAGACCAUGUUUGCGCACGUGCGGCGCACCAAGCGCAAAGCCUACGUGCGUCUCACCACCAACCUGGGCGCACUCAACCUCGAGCUGCACUGCGAUCUAGCGCCCCGAACGUGCUAUAACUUUCUGCAGCUGUGCAAGCAGGGUCACUACGACGGCGUCAUCUUCCAUCGCAACAUCCCUGGGUUCAUGAUCCAGGGUGGAGAUCCUACGGGUACGGGUCGGGGCGGCAGCUCUAUAUGGGGCCACGAGUUUGUGGAUGAGUACGGCGAACCCGGAGCGCUGAAGCACUCGUCUCGGGGGAUGUUGUCCAUGGCCAAUCGAGGACCAGGCACCAAUGGGAGUCAGUUCUUUUUGACCUAUCGGGCGGUGCCACAUCUGGAUGGAAAGCACACGGUGUUCGGGCAGCUUGUUGACGGCGCAAAGGACGCAACGUUGGCAAAGAUGGAGGGCGUGCCGACGGUGGAGGGGGAUAAACCGAUACGCAAGAUUCAGAUCGAGACGGUGCUGGUUAGCGACGACCCGUUCGAGGUGUAUACGCUCAAGCAGAAGGAUGCCGCCAAGGCGAACGAUCCAACCAACCCGGAGUACAUUGCGCGCAUGGAGAGGAAACGACGCCGCGAGAACGAUCGAACCACGUGGUUGGGUACCGAACUCCAAGGCAAGGAGGAUAAGGCCAAACAGAUUCUUACCGCCGCCACUACGGUUGGCAAAUACAUGCCGCAGACACAAACGCACCAGUCAAAGGACCAACCGCAAGCGUCCAAAAAGCGCAAAUCCGGUUUCGGAGAUUUUUCAUCGUGGUAA